AUUUCUUGCGCACCACCCAUCUAGCGCACGCCAUCCAUCUAGAAAAAUCCUAUAACUAGGAAAACAAGAUCAAUAAAAAGAUGCGUUGUCAUUCUCGCGUCGUUUGCACCGCUGCCUCGAUUCCUGCUGUUCCUAGUCCUAUGAUGGCUGUCUCUACCCGAAGAUUGCGUACUCCUAGUAACGCUGCGAAGAUGCUUACUUCAUCUCGAGUGCGCUACUUUACCACUGGUGGCGCAUCGUCUUCCUCUUCACAUUAUGGACGCGACUUCUUUAUAGUAUAAUAUGCAUUCAUAGUACAACUUGAAGAGAGACGCAGGAUCAGGAAAGCACUACCUCCUUGUUGCUACUUAGUUCUACAAUUUGAAACUCAAUUGGAUUUUUUUGAUCUAGUAGAACUAGUUGUUCCGUCUUCCAUUUCUUCUAAGACCGUCAGCGUCAUCCAUUGGAACGUCCUACGAAGACUUCGAUUCUGUACCUGACGGAUGACCUUGCAGCAGCCAAGUUUUUGCGACAUGUGAAUCGAGUCGAUUCGCUCGUUGGCAUAGAUUUAGUUAUGGACGACUUAUUACGGUUGCUUUUAGAACAAGGACACCUUUUUUUUCAUUUUUUUCAUUUUUUUUUCAUUCGAAGGAAGAAUGAUUCCAGAAAGACACGGAUGAAAUAGACUCUACUUGGAGCAGGCAGCAUGACCUUGAGCCACCAUAGAGGAGGCAGCAGGACCUUCAGCCAUCUCCUGCUCAACAGAAACACUCCGCGAUCAACACAAUCAACAGAAUCUGCCCUCCUCUCUAAGUCCAAAGGCUCCCUAGGGCGUUUUGGUCGCCCAAAUGUGAUGCAGGUGUACUCACCAGUACUACAUCAAUUAAGGCUACCUCCGUUGCAGCAUCCUCAGCAUCAUCGAUCCCUGGGUAUUUUUCUACUUACUUGAAAAUGGCGCCAAGCAGGAUGCUCUGCGACAGCGGUAGAUCUAAAUCAAGCAGCGAUCCUAGACCUGAGAACAAUACUUGCCGAGGAAAGUCGUGGGAGAGGGAGAAGUCAAGCAGAGGAUGAUGAUUCUUCACCAGAUGAGGAUGAAAGUGAAGAACGACCUCCAACAGCAGAGGAUGUUGACGAAGUAGAAUUAGAAAGGAGUGAAGAUUACACAACAACAACAUCAGCCUCCAUUAUGGAUGUAGUAGGGUAUUCAUCUCCAAAGUCAUCUGGAAGACGAGAAAGACAAGAGGAAAAAGGGACCCAGAUGAUCCCUGCGAUGAAUUCCCGAUGCCUCUAACUCUACGAGAGAAGAUCAAGAAGAAACUCAAAAAACUCAAGUAGACGACCUUGAGACUCUUCCCGCUGUUCGGGAGUUGUUGGAAAAUGCUGAAGUUCAGAAGGUAUUCCAUGACUGUCGCGAAGAUGUCAGUUUACUGCAGGAACUCUUUCACUCCUCGUCAAGUACCAGUGCAUCCUCGUCCUCCUUUGACUUUGAUCGAGCACCCUCCUUUGACUCUGGUCAAGCUCUCCCGUUGAAACUGGCCAACGUGUUUGACACCCAAGUUGCGCAUUUAGCCUGGUUGGAGCGCCGCGGAAACGAAAAGUACCUCGCCUCACUGUCGGAAUUGUUGCGGUUAAGGACGGAUCUCCUGUUCAUACUCUUACUUAUUCACUUACACGACCUUUUACUUAAUCCAAAAUGAACCCACGUGCUCAACAUCGAUCUGCAACAUCGAUCUGCUGCAUCUACGACCUCUAAUAGCAAUAUUCGUACCCUUCCUGUACAAAGCUCGUCGCUGGGAUCUUAUUGAAAAGCUCGGGGCUCGGCUACACGGAAGUUUCACUCGCGGCAACUGGGAGUUGUGGAUGGACCAAAACGACACCAAAGAUGAUCAAGAUGACUUAGAGGAAGACGGUGGUGAUGGUGAUGAUUCGACAUCUGCUUCUGCUUCAAGCAACGAUGCAUCGUCGACAUCAAGAUCUUCAAGUAGAACUAGAAGUGCUGUCCCCACACUCACAUCCACUUUAUGGGAGCAUCGUCCACUUUCACGGCAGGCACUGCAGUAUGCCGUAGAGGGCUGUCUAGUUCUACCUAAACUGGCGGCUGAGCUCAGAGGAGCAUUGCGAGAUCCUAGUGGAGCAUGGGUUGCGGAGCGAACAAAGAAGCGGUAUUUAGCCUACGCUGAGUUGAACCGCGACAAAAUAUUCUGCGAGGAUCCUGGACGCUUAGUCGAUCGAAGAGGUCGUCGGAUUUUGGACGAAGAGGAAGACAUUUUUUCUUCCGGUAUUCCAGCAAGAACUAGUAAUGAGGAUAGUCCUCGUAAAAAGAAUAAACUGAGAAAUCGAGAUGACACGGUUUUCGUUGAUGGAUUCGUUUGUAACCGGACUGGUGAAGGGGCAACUCAGUUUGCCUGCAAUGGGCUCCGGGCAAUCGCUCAUGAAGGGUUUGAAGAGGCGAAAGUUGGAGACACCUAUUGUAAUCUUCGUGUCAUUGGUCGUAACCGUCGUGGUUUGUUUGUAGCGGAGUGUCAGGGAACAGAAAGAGAAAAUUUAGGCCGAAAGUCGCGCGCGGCUUGGGGAGCGGGGAGUUAGGGAUAUCAUACCCAGGCAGGAGGGGGCGACCGAAGAUCAUGUUUGUGUUUCUAGAGCGCUUCAUGAAUGCAUUUAAUGAAGUAAUGUACCUAAAAAACCUGCUCCAUCAUCUCGCAGAUUCAAUGGGUAAUGAGUACUAAUCGUUAAUGUUAUGUCACAUCUAAUGACUAACACUAAAUUAGUCUGACUAAUAUUACAUCUUUAUUUCUAUUAAUGUAACGUGAUGGGAAGCAAGAGCAGAGCGCAUCUGAUCCAUCUACUUCAAUGCGGCCUUGACGACGACAUGACGCCAACAAAAAAGAGGCUCUUUGACCUUGCUUUUGUACAGUGAUGUCUUUCAAAUGAAUUCGACAGCUCGGUCACGAAGUAGCCGUGCUGUGGAGAACAAAACUACAACACA